AUGGAGCUGGGGGGGGCGGCGGCGGCGGGCGGCCCCGACGACGGCUACGAGUACAUGAACGAGCGGCCGCGCGCGCCCGCGCGCCACGACGGCUACGCCGACAUGCGGCCCGGGCCGGCCGAGCAGGGCUACGAGGACAUGGGGGCCGGGCGGGCGCCCCCCGCCCGCCGCGCCGCCCGCCAGCCCCUGCGCAGCCUCGAGGCGUCGCGCGGAGCCUUCGACAACCCCGACUACUGGCACAGCCGCCUGUUCGCGCGGGGUGGUUUUUGGGGUGCUCGGGGUGGUUUUGGGGUGCGUGGGGUGGUUUUUGGGGGGUUCUCGUUGACGCCCUCGCGCUCCGUUGCAGGGGUCCUGCGUGCGGUGGUGGACGCGGCCGCCUGCGGCGCGUCGGUGCUCUGCCUGUGCGAGAAGGGCGAUGCCAUGAUCAUGGAGGAGACCGGCAAGAUUUUCAAGAAGGAGAAAGAAAUGAAGAAAGGUAUUGCCUUCCCGACGAGUAUAUCGGUAAAUAACUGUGUCUGUCACUUCUCCCCCUUGAAGAGCGACCAAGAUUACAUCCUCAAAGACGGAGACUUGGUCAAAAUCGACUUGGGAGUCCACGUGGACGGCUUCAUAGCGAACGUAGCCCACAGUUUUGUCAUCGACGCCACAAAGGAAAAGCCGGUGUCAGGCCGCAAAGCCGAUGUCAUCAAGGCCGCUCACCUCUGUGGCGAGGCCGCCCUGCGCUUGGUGAAGCCUGGGAACCAGAACACGCAAGUGACAGACGCCUGGAACAAAAUCGCCCACUCGUUUCACUGCACGCCCAUCGAAGGGAUGCUCUCGCACCAGCUGAAGCAGCAUGUGAUCGACGGAGAGAAAACCAUCAUCCAGAACCCUACAGACCAGCAAAAGAAGGACCACGAAAAAGCAGAAUUUGAGGUCCACGAAGUUUACGCCGUCGAUGUCCUCGUCAGCACUGGAGAGGGGAAGGCAAAGGAUGCCGGGCAGAGAACUACCAUUUACAAAAGGGACCCCUCCAAACAGUACGGCUUGAAGAUGAAAACCUCCCGUGCCUUUUUCAGCGAGGUGGAGAGGCGCUUUGACACGAUGCCGUUUACACUCAGGGCGUUUGAGGAUGAGAAGAAGGCCAGGAUGGGGGUGGUGGAAUGCGCCAAGCACGAGCUGCUGCAGCCCUUCAACGUGCUCUACGAGAAGGAAGGAGAGUUUGUUGCACAGUUCAAAUUCACAGUGCUUUUAAUGCCCAACGGUCCCAUGAGGAUAACCAGCGGCCCCUUCGAACCAGAGCUCUACAAGUCGGAGUUCGAGGUGCAGGAUGGAGAGCUGAAGGCGCUUCUACAAAGUUCCGCGAGCCGGAAGACCCAGAAAAAGAAGAAAAAGAAGGCCUCUAAGAACGCAGAGAACGCCACCACGGGAGAAACGGCGGAGGAGAACGAAGCUGGCGACUGAGCAGCCCCAGCUCCCUCCAUGUAGCACCCAGUUCACACACACUCGCCCCUUUUUUUAUUUUGUUCUUCCCCGCCCAAAAAAAAAAAAAAAAAGGAAAAAAUCCCAAAUAAUUGAGCGCUCUUUGGCGCUUGCGACCACACAGCAGUCAGUCCGGACCUCCCGCUGCCUACACCCGGCUCCUCUGGACUUUGCCAUCGAGGGAGAAGUCCCGCAGCCGCUUGAAGGAAGAGCAGAGAAGCGCCGCUAGCCCCCGUCCCCCCUUCCUAACCUUUCGUGCUGCUCGUUCUCGCUCAAGAGGUGAAAACCAAGGAGA